AUGGUGCUCAACAUCUCCCUGCCGGAUCGCCACACAUUCUACGCCGGCAAGGCACAAGAAUCAUCCUCAUCCUCGUCAACCUUCCAAUCAAUCGAUCCAUCCACCGCCAAACCAGUGUGCACAAUCUACGCAUCAUCCCCGUCAUCCAUAGACUCAGCCAUCUCAUCCGCCAAGUCGGCGUUCCCAUCAUGGUCCAGCACACCGCCGAUUGAGCGGGCACGCAUCCUCCAGAAGGCGGUGCAGAUACUCCGGUCACGAAACGACGAACUGGCCAAAAUCGAGACCCUCGACACGGGCAAGCCGUUCUCCGAGACGUCGACGGUCGACAUCGUCACGGGCGCCGACGUGCUCGAAUACUUUGCCAACCUGGUGGCCUCGGGGGGUCUGAACGGCGAGUCGUUCCGGCUCCGCGACUCGGCGUGGGUGUACACGUCCAAAGAAGCGCUGGGCGUGUGCGUGGGCAUCGGGGCAUGGAACUAUCCCAUCCAGAUCGCGCUCUGGAAGUCGGCGCCGUGCCUCGCGGCCGGCAACGCAAUGGUGUACAAGCCGUCGGAAGUGACGCCUCUGCACGCCCAGUUCCUCGCCGAAGUCUACAAGGAGGCCGGCUUGCCCGACGGCGUGUUCAACGUGGUGUACGGCGCCGGGGAAGUUGGCGCGUACCUGACGAAACACCCGGACAUCGCCAAGGUCAGCUUCACGGGCCAGGUCUCGACGGGACGGAAGGUCGCCGGCGCCGCGGCCGGCGAGAUGAAGUACGUGACCAUGGAACUGGGCGGCAAGAGCCCCGUCGUCGUCUUGCCGGACGUGGACGUCGAGCAGGCCGUCGACGGAGCCAUGAUGGCCAACUUCUUCAGUACGGGCCAAGUCUGCACCAACGGCACGAGGGUGUUUGUGCCCGAGAAGCUCAAGGCCCGGUUUGAGACGGUCCUGCUGCAAAAGAUCAACGAGGUUCGGGCCGGCGACCUGAUGGACGCGAGUACCAACUUCGGCCCCUUGGUCAGCGAGGCCCACUACAAGAAAGUCACGCAGUACAUCGAGCACGGCAAGACGGUGGACAAGGCGCGGUUGCUGUGCGGCGGGUUGGACCAGCCCGCGAACCUCCCCGUGCAGCUCAAGAACGGCUACUGGGUGUCGCCGACCGUGUUUACGGACUGCUCGGACGACAUGAAAAUCGUGAGAGAGGAAAUCUUCGGGCCCGUCAUGUGCAUCUUGUCGUAUUCCUCGAUUGAGGAAGCCGUCGAGAGAGCGAACAACACGGAACUCGGCUUGGCGGCCGGGGUGUUCGGGAAAGACGUGAAUCAGUGUCACAGUGUGAUAAAGCAGUUGCAGGCGGGCAUCACUUGGGUCAACACCUGGGGCGAGUCUCCGGCCGAAAUGGCCGUUGGUGGAUGGAAGCAAAGUGGUGUCGGUGUCGAAAAUGGAAGACGAGGUCUCGAGGCUUGGGUCAGGAAUAAAAGCACUCUGGUGGAAAUGGGCGGUUCCGUUCCUACAGUUUUCGCGAACUUGUAA